AGGAAGAGGAGGGGGAGAAGGAGAAGAAGGAAGAGGAGGGACAAAGGAAGAGGAGGGACAAUGGAACAGGAACACCGGGGGGAAGAGGCGACCCAACACCACGCGGUUCCCCAGCUCCAUCCGCAGCUUCCCCGGCCCCGCCGGCAUCGCCGCCCGGAGCCCGCAGGAGCUGAGCAUGGAGAGCAGCGAGGAGCCGGUGGCAGAGGCCGUUUGGAGCGGCUCCACGGCUCGGCAGGGAGAAGCCAACGGGGAGGAGAAGCCGCGGAGAUCCCUGAGCAGGAGGGGCUGCAAAGGCAGAGCGCGGGGAUCCGAGGGGGAAAGAGCCAGCCUGGGCCAUGGAGGGGCUCAGAGAUCCGAGCUGGGGCCCCAUGAGCAGCUCCAGGGUGGGGAGGAGAAGCCCCACAAGUGCUCCGAGUGUGGGAAGAGCUUCAGGUGGAGAUCCUGCCUGAUGCAGCAUUGCAGAAUCCACACGGGGGAGCGACCGUACCAGUGUGACCAGUGCAAGAAGAGCUUUAUGAGCAGUGGUGAUCUCGUGGUGCACCAGCGCUCACACACGGACGAGAGGCCCUUCCAGUGCCCCGACUGCGGGAAGCGCUUCAACCGCGUCUCCACCCUGAACAGGCACCGGAUGAUCCACACCGGGGAGAGGCCCUACAAGUGUGAUCAGUGCGAGAAAAGGUUUGACAGGUCCUCCCAUCUCCUCCGUCACCAGGUCAUUCACACCGAAGUGAGGCCUUUCUACUGCCCUGACUGCGGAAAGGGCUUCAAGCACAACAGCAACCUCAUCACCCACCAGCGCAUCCACACCGGGGAGAGACCCUACAAGUGUGAGCAGUGUGGGAAGAGCUUCAGGUGUAGGCCUGAACUGACUGUCCACCUGAGGAGCCACACGGGGGAGCAACCCUACCAGUGUGACCAAUGCCAGAAGAGCUUUAUGAGCAGCCGUGAUCUCGUGGUGCACCAGCGCUCACACACGGAUGAGAGGCCCUUCCAGUGCCCCGACUGCGGGAUGGGCUUCAAAACCGUCUCCCACCUCAACAGGCACCGGAUGAUCCACACCGGGGAGAGGCCGUACGAGUGUGACCAGUGCAAUAAGAGGUUCCUCAACAGCAGCCACCUCCUCCGUCACCGGCGCAUCCACACCGGGGAGAGGCCCUACAAGUGUGAUCACUGUGGGAAGGGCUUCAAGCACAGCAGCACUCUCAUCACCCAUCAGCGUAUCCACACCGGGGAGAGACCCUACGAGUGUGAUCAGUGUGGGAAGGGCUUCAGAGACAGCUCCAGCCUGACUGUCCACCUGAGGAGCCACACCGGGGAGAGGUCCUACAAGUGUGAUCAGUGCCAGAAGGGCUUUUACACCUCGUCUGAUCUCCUCAAGCACCAGCGCAUCCACACGGAUGAGAGGCCCUUCCGCUGUCCCGAUUGUGGGGUGGGAUUCAAAGAGAAGUCAACCCUCGUCAAACACAGGAGGAUCCACACCGGGGAGAGGCCCUACAAGUGUGAUCAGUGCCAGAAGAGCUUUUACGCCUCGUCUGAUCUCCUCAUGCACCAGCGCAUCCACACGGAUGAGAAACCCUUCCGCUGUCCCGAAUGUGGGGUGGGAUUCAAGUACAAGUCAGGUCUGGUCAAACACAGGAGGAUCCACACCGGGGAGAGACCCUACGAGUGUCCCCAGUGUGGGAAGGGGUUCACAGACAGCUCCGGCCUGACUGUCCACCUGAGGAGCCACACUGGGGAGAAGCCCUACGAGUGUGAUCAGUGCCAGAAGAAUUUUGUGAGCAGCGGCGAACUCCGCAAGCACCAGCUCACCCACACCGGGGAGAAGCCCUACAAGUGUCCCCACUGCGAGAAGAGCUUCUCCAGGAACUUCGCCUUGGCCAAGCACCAACGCACCCAGCAUUAGAGUCCACCCUGGGUGGGAAGAACUUUGUGAUCUGGUCCAGCUCCAAUGGUCUCAGAGCUCUGGGUGAUCCCAGGUGGGCAGAGCACAGGUGAUCCCUGUUUGGAGCACACCUGGCUGGGGGCUCCACAUCCUUCUGGCUCCCCGUGGCCUGGAUUUUCUCUUUGUGCUUUUUAAAUCUGAGUUUAGAAAUAAAAGAUAUU